AAAUCCGCGGCCAAGACCAUCAACACAAGCCGCCGAAGGAGUCAUGGUGUUGCUGUAGGCUGAGUGAGGAGGAAAAUGGCAUAAAAGGGGAGCCGCUGGCCGCGGUCUUGUCACCGGCCCAUGUUGAGUCUCACCAUCACCAGCUAGCUCCCCGCUCAACAGCAGACAAGAUGGGCCAAGAGUGUUCGACCAUUACCGUCCAGCAGGGCGACCUGUGCGGCUCGCUCGCGUCGAGGUGCGGCAUCUCGACGGCGGACUUUUACACGUACAACCCGGGCUCGACCUUCUGCAACACGCUCCAGGCCGGGCAGCUCGUGUGCUGCUCCGAGGGUUCGCUCCCGAACCUCAGGCCCGAGCCGAACCCGGACGGGACCUGCGCCACGUACGAGGUUCCGCCGGGAGAGUACUGCUCCCUCAUCGCCAGCAAGUUCCAGCUCACGGUCGACGAGAUCGAGACAUGGAACAGCAACAGCUGGAACUGGAAUGGUUGCGGUGGUUUGCAGAGAAACGCCAUCAUCUGCGUCAGCUCCGGCGACCCGCCCAUGCCGGCGCCCAUCGACACUGCUAUCUGCGGUCCCCAGGCCCCGGGCACCGCUCGGCCGAGCGACUGGUCCCAGCUCGCGACGCUAAACCCCUGCCCCCUGAAUGCCUGCUGCAACACCUGGGGCAACUGCGGCAUUACCCCUGAGUUCUGCACGCCGCCCAAGUCGGCCGGGCAGGUCGGGUGCAUCUCCAACUGCGGCACCGAGAUCGCCAAGAGCCCGAGCGCGCCGGCCGAGUUCCUCAAGGUCGGCUACUUCCAGUCGUACAACCUGGAGCGGCCGUGCCUGAACAUGCGGGCGGACCAGAUCCCGUCGGGGUACUCGCACGUGCACUUCUCGUUCGGCGGCAUCACCGACGACUUCGCCGUCGACCUGUCGGACUCGAUGGAGCAGUUCGAGCUGUUCGUCGAGCAGACGGGCUUCAAGAAGAUCCUGGCGUUCGGCGGGUGGUCGUACUCGACCGGGGGCGAGCCCCUGCCCAUCUUCCGCAACACCACCAACAACGCGGACCGGCUGCGGUUCGCGCGCAGCGUGGUCGCGACCGUCGAGCAGUACGGCCUCGACGGCGUCGACUUCGACUGGGAGUACCCCGGCGCGGUGGACCUGGGCGGCAGCCCGACGGACGGCGCCCAGUACCUACUACUACUCAGGAUGGUGCGGCAGCUGCUGCCCGCAGAAAAGACCGUCUCGCUCGCGGCGCCGGCGUCCUUCCACUACCUGCAGGGGUUCCCGAUCGCCGAGAUGUCGGCCGUGGUCGACUACAUCGUCUACAUGGCGUACGACCUGCACGGGCAGUGGGACUACGGCACCGACAACCAGGCCGGCUGCCCGGGCGGCAACUGCCUGCGCAGCCACGUCAACCUGACCGAGACCGACUACGCGCUGGCCAUGGUGACCAAGGCCGGGGUGCCGAGCGACAAGAUCGUCGUGGGGCUGGCCAGCUACGGGCGCAGCUUCAAGAUGGCCGACCGCAACUGCCGCGCAGACCCCAUGUGCCGGUACCUAGGGCCCGAUGAGAGGGGCUACGUGGGGCGCUGCACGCGCGAGCCGGGCAUCAUCGCGCUGGCGGAGCUCGAGGACAUCCGGGCGAUCGAACUCGAGGGGACGGUGUUUUGGUACGAUGAGGCCAGCGACUCGGACAUGGCGCAGUACAUGACCGACUCGUGGGCGGCCUACAUGACCGAGACGACCAAGGAGCGGCGUCGGGCGCGGUACCAGGGACAGAACUUUGGAGGGUCGGUUGACUGGGCCAUCGAUCUGACUGCUUUUGUGCCGGGCGAUCCUGGGAUUCGUGACAAGAGGGCUGUUGCCGCGAGGGGGGCGGCGUCGUUUAUGGACCGUCGGGCGGAGCAAGUGUAGUCGAGUGAAGUUGGUUGAACAGGCAUACGGGCAUUUAUUUUUCGUGUUAAAACAUAGGGUAUUACAGGGACUCUCCUUCCAGAUAUAAACAGUUUUCCUAUUGUGGAAGGGAUGGACCUGAUUCACGUGAUGG